UGUGUCUCCAUCUUCGCAACUGGUACUCGAAACACCAAGUCCCAGGAAAAAAAAAAACCGGUGGAGAUCAUGUGACCACGAGCCAAGAUUAUUCACCCUCAUAGAAAGAAGCAAGUCAAUCAACGUAACUACAUGUACAUACAAAAGAGGUAUCAAUACAUCCUCUGGAGUUCACCAGGAAUGACAUCACUUGGAUAUUGUGCCUCGGGUUACAUAUGAAGCCAUUCAACACAUUUCCCCGAAAACAACAUCUUACGUUCUGACGUCAAUGGCAGUUUAGCCCUCCUACUGGCGCAAAUCAUCUUAAAUAUACAUCUAUACUUUUUUUUAACUACACCAACAACCACUCAGUAUCAAUAACUUCUCAUAGUCUAAGCUUAACCCAACCAAACCAGGCUUUGCUGAUUAUUACAUCACAACCCUCAACAUGUCCGAACAACCUGGGCCUAGGACAGCCCCAUUCUAUCCCAUCCCGUCUCGUCGCAUCGUCACUGUUGAGCACCCGGCAAUUAUCAAGAAUGUCGAUAAAGCCAUCGACACACUCCAGGGUAGCACGGGGAUCUCCAAGAUCCUAAACCCUCCAAAAGCCGAUACCCCGGCUCAUCUCCACCUUCGACCAGAGGAUGCAAUGUCAAGACCUGUCCAAUCAACCAGCUUGCCAUCUAACAACAUCCUCCUAAAGGUGACCGUGCCCAGACGGACCGGUCGUAAGCGUAAGAGAGGAUCAGAUGAGCCGUUCACGGGUGUCCCCGUCUCGACGCUUGGCCCUGAGUUUCAGCCUCGGCGCAGCGCAAAGGAGCUCAUGCGGAGCUUGCGCGACAAUGUUGGCAGAUAUCAGAUUGAGCCGGUCGGUCUUGUGAACCGGACGCAUGUGUUUCGAGGGAUGCCGGACUUUGUCUUCUCAAGUACCGGUAGUUCCUUCGCCAAUCGGUUUCGGGAGCAGAUUCUGCCUUUUGAUUAUGAGAAGAUGAAGCAAUUCAAUCUGGACAUGGCAAAAGGCAUAUCAUCACAUGUCGAUAUCAUCCCACCUCCAUCUUUCAGCCAGGGAGACAUCCCAUUCACCUACGCUUACCGGCAAAACCAAGCAGUCCGCCAAUCGAUCGACUCAUCAGGCAACAUAACAACAGUCAACACACAAAAGCCCACAAAAGUCCUAACGCACUUAGUCUCCUACGACGUCCCGGAAGUACCCAGCAAACCAAACGAAAACACCCCACCCCUAGAAACCCAAGACGCCACCCUCCGAGAAACAGUAUCCAUCAUCCGAGACCUCUUCGACAAGCGGCCAGCCUGGACCCGUCGCGGACUCCGCAACAACCUCAGCACAAUCGAACAGCGAUACGCCCUCCGGCACGCAAUCCCCUACGUAGGCUACAUCAUGCGGUCCGGACCCUGGCGCGACGCAAUCAUCAAAUUCGGGCACGACCCGCGCACAUCCCCAGACUACCGUGCCUACCAAACAGUCAUGUUCCGAAUCCUGCCCAAGGAAGCGGAUGUCGCGCGCGACGGCUACGCGGGACGCCGUCACGCGGUGCCCCGACUCAACGAACCGGUCCCGGUGGAUCCCUCUACCGAUCUGAAAUCAGAUACGCACAUCUUCAAAGGCCAGCUGCCACUACCGCUCGACGGCCGGAUGUGGAUGUUCUGCGAUAUCACCGAUCCUCUGCUGAGAAAUAUCGUGUUCCCGGAGGAAGAGGCGCCCGAGUUUAUCCGCGAGACAUGCGACACAGUCAGCGAUGGGUGGUAUGGGAGUGGGACGCUCGCGAAACUGAAACUGAUCAUGCGUCAUAAGAUCCUCGGGCUCAUUGAGGAGCGGAUUCCCGAUGAUCAGGACUUUGCGCGGAUUCUACGUUUCCCGGAUUAUGCGACGCCGGAGAAUGUCAAUACGGCGUUUACGCUGGAUGCUAGCGUUGUAUCGACCAAGGAACUGACUAUGGCGACGGAGAUUCGGGCGAUGAUUAAGGGGACGCCGUCGUGGAGGGAGUCGACGAAUCAGGGACAGGAGCAGGAUGCGACGGCGAAGCGUGGGAAGGGUGCUGCGGGUCGGCGAGUGCAGUGGCGGGAUACGGCGGGCGAGGAGGAGAGUGAAGGUGAAGAGGAGGCUAUUGAGAAGCAGGAGAUUUUAGAAGCAGCUGUGGAUGAGGUUAUGGAAGCCGCUACAACUGGUGGAGAUGAUGACGGAAAUGAUGACCUGGGAGAAUCGGACGGGGGAGAGGAGAUCGAGGAACUGAGACCUCAGCGCAAGUCAGGAAGUCGGCGAUGAUUAUACUUGAAACAUUCAUGUUGGCUUUUAUCAAAAGCACACACACACUUAAUUAAACUUAUUCAAUUGUUUAGCUGGAUGUAUGUACAUCAUAAGACAUCAGAGACGUGACACGUUCUCGCUCAUAAGCACAGGCAUAGCAUCGUUCAACGGAAUGAUAGAUAUAAAGCCAGAUAAAGCCAACGAGAUAAGAAAUAUUAUACUAGUCAAGACAUUGUAGAAAGGACGGAGUUUGCACUCUUCUGUGCGUAGUUAUUCAGUAGGAACAAAUGAGAGCUGGAACAAGUCACAGUCGGCUGGUCAUCAAGACCAGAGAUAAUAAUAUAGACAAAAAAAAAUGAAAGUAAUCCAAAAGGGUAUUGAAUAUAACAAUGCAAAAAAAAAAAAAAAAA